AUAAUGCGCUAAUGCACACCAUGCUACCAGUUUGUAGCCAUCUUGUUAAUGUAAUUUAGAGAGCGACAACCAAAUUCUGAACUGGAUAGGUGUUAUAAUGGUGGAGUAAUUGCACCAUUAAUUUUUUUUUAAACUUGCUUCGAAUACGUUUGAUAGUAGUGGCCAAAUUUCAAGACGUCAAACCAACGAAAACUGAGUGACGUGUCUGAUAUUAAAAAUAUAGAGUAUGGAUUUUUUCGCGCCGGCGCGAAUCGCGUUACCCGUUUCCCCACGGCUUUCUGGUAAUUUCAUCGAAACUUAAUUAUUAUUUCGAUAAAUAUGACUGAGUGCAUAUAAAUAUAAUAAAACGAAACACUAGAAUAGCAUUCCUAAAGCUUGAUGUGUUUUCACAUGUGUGGUACUACUGUGAAAAUAUUUUUAUACAAAUGCAGGUGUGAAAUUGUGUUAGUAUAUAUUUAAAAAGAUUAAUUUAAAAUGGGCUCGAUAGUAUUAAAAAGUUUGUCAAUUCUGUUAGGAGUUUUUUUUAUUUUCGUUGGUACGACAAAGCUGACCCCCGUCAUUUCAAAAGAAUUACAUAAAGAUUUGAGAAAAGAAUAUGUGAGAUACGCUAAAGUUUUUCCAUUAAGUGAGAUGUUAGACUUCAAGCUACCUUCAAAAUGGUACAGAAGAACGGUCGGCGGACUUGAAAUACUCUUCGGCUUGUGUUUAGCCCUCAUACCUAGUCAUAAAAUAAAAAAUGCUGCAAACAUUGGACUGGUGCUGCUGAUGAUGCUGGCCGCAUAUUCACACGUGAUGGUGGGGGAUCCCUUCGACCGCUGCGCACCAGCACUCGUCUUCUUCUUCAUGCUUAGUGGUCGGCUUGUCGUUUGGUAUCAGACCAGUCGACGCGAAGCUCUAGAGAAAGCCGCAACUGCACAAAACGGCAACGGUCUGAAGCGCGACUGAGAUCCUUGCGAAAAUAUAUGCAUGAUAUUAGACUUACAUCAAGUGAAAUUUUUAUUGUUUUAGCAUUGCGAUCUAGUCAUUGGAGCACAGAAUAUUUAUCGUUAGUUUUGUUGUUUUUGUUAUAAAUAUACUUACUGUGAUUUUACUAGUCAUCUCACAAUAGUUUGUGAUUUUAUUUGCACCGCUUCUUAGUAUUCCGCAGUUAUGUGCAAACGGACACAUAAAUAUAAAUUGUGUUAACGGUUGUCAUAUACCUUGGCGGUUCUGAACAUCGUACGAGUCGCUGCGCACAACGCAACAUAGUGGGACGUAGAGGGGCACUGCGCAAGGCGUAGACGCGGAUGACCUUGAGCCGCCAAGAUAUUUGAAAAGACAUAUACCAUCAACAUUUCUGUACGUAUUUUACACCCAUUCGUACAUAUUGUAGUUUUAAAGUGAUAUUUAGGCGGUAAGCGGUACCUAUUCGUAUGUUUGUCUGUAUGUGGUGUGUAUGCGUGAUCGUGUGGCAUAUAUUAGAAAAUGUAGAUGAUCAACAUUUGCACAUUAAAUUACAAUAAAUGUAACUCGAUUCACAAUAAAAAUGCUCAAUUAACAAAACAUGUAAUAUGUAAUUAAGUAAUCUUAAUCGUGUGUACUGAUAGUAAUAUCCUUAUAAAACUUAAUACUUCUUGGUAGCUACUAUUAAAUAUCGAAAUAAACAAUACAUGUGGGGCGUCGCCAGCCGAUGAUCUAAGCCAGUGCCGGCGGUAGAUUAGGGCGCGGUAGAGCGAUUGGCCAGGUCGCUGGGCAGAAAGGGUCCCCUCAGGUCUAAUAAUUACAAUGUCAUAGUCCUGUUAACCCCUUCAAAGGCAUGGUAAAAAAAGGGAGCGACUAAGAAACAACGCCGUAGCCCAGGAUGCUACUAGAGCUAACGAAAUAGAUUUUUACAUGUGUUAUAUUGUUCAAUAUAUAUAUAUAUAUCUACUUUACAUUUUUAGAUUCUGUAGGGAGUGACUUUGUCCCCGUUUGCCGCCCCUCUGCGACGCCCAUUGAAUACAGUUUAUCUUUAAGACUUUCCAAUAGAAUAAUUAAAUGUGCUUUAAUACUUAUUAUAUUUGCAUCUUUUUCGUUAACCUUCCUUCCACUAUUGAAAGUUUUAAUUAUAAGCAUUAAAUAAAAUUGUAGCGAUUUGAAAUUGAAUAAUGUAGACAUAAGAUAGGCGUAUUUGCGUUUAGGACUUCCCCUUUGUUGUUAUUUACUUUACAGUUUUUUUUAUCUAGAUACAAUGCUGUGUAUUUUUUAAGAAUUAAUCCAGACCAUAAAUUUUUACUUACGCUUAAUUUUUACUUUUCGCACAAUUUACUUUGUAUUAACGUAUAAUACUGCCAACAUGGACUUUUCUCAGGAAUUGAAAUAGUUAAUGAUAUUUGCUGUAACUUUUUUUCAUGAAAUAAGGUUCUUAUACAAGAAUCUCGUUAUUAAACGUUUUAUAGUUGAAGCCAUAGUGAAUCUGCUCAUUGUUGCUCUAUGUAAUAUCACAAAAUUGAUUUUGGAAUUUUUCAUGAGAUGUGUGUAUUGAACAUUUGAAUAAAUGGAGUGAAUUGAUGAUUUUU